AUAAAAACAAAACGAAAAAGGUUUGUUUUGGUCCUGUUAGUGUCGCCUCUGCUCCUGACACUACCCUCAAAGUGUCUUCUGUCUCCGGGAUUUGAUUUGGUCCGGUUCUGGCUCGGUUUGUCUCGGCUUCCUUCGAGUCUCGGACAUGUCCGCGGCGGAGGACGACACAGAGCUACGGGACCUGCUGCUCCAGAACCUGGAGAACAGCGGCGUCCUGAGCCGCCUCAAGGCGCAGAUGAGGGCUGCAGUGUUUCUGGCGAUGGAGGAGCAGGAUCAGCUUGAGAAUAAAGCUCCUCUGGUGAACGAAAACCUGAAGAACUGUCUGAACACCAGAGACGGUCGUGUGGUAGCGUCUCUGGUUCUGGACUUCCUGCAGGUGUUUGACUUGGACUUCAGUCGGUCUGUUUUUGAGCCUGAGAUCAGUGCUAAGCAGUUGGAGUCCAGAGACCUCCUGUGCAAAGACCUGGACCUGAACCCAAACCCCAAAAGUCCGCUUCUACUAGAACUGGUCCAGAGACACCACCAGCAUCGGACCAAGGACCGGACGAAAGACUGGACCAAGGACCAGGGCCCAUCAGAAAAACAGUUGGAGUGGGUUCGCCGGAGAUUUGACUUCUACGACAGAGACGGCGCCGGCUCCAUAAACAAAGAUGACGCCAAACGGGUUUUCUUCGACCUCUUCCCCAAAAUGAACAGACAUGUCCUGGAGCAGUUUGUCCUGGAGGAGCUCCGAGAUCGAGCUGUGAGUACAGAGUGUGAGUGGAAGACCUUCCAGCUUUUGUACCAGAGCCUGUUCUCCUUCAGCUCGUCUGUGGUGGAGUCGUGUGGACAGGAUCAGGAUUCAGAGGAGAGACCCUCUGCUCCACACAGACAGGGCUUUGAGACCAAAGGAGUCUCAGGUCUGGACCCUGGUCUGACCCGGGACCCUGGUCUGGACUCUGGCCUAAACCCAGACCCUCAAAGGGACCUGGACCUGGAUCAUGUGGACGAUGGAGACUCAUUUUUUGACGAUCCUCUCCCUGCUCCUCAAAAGACUUACGGCUGCUCUGAAGAUUCUGGUCCGGUUCUGGUUUUGAGGAGGGACAAAAGUCUGAGCGAUCUGUCUAUCCUGGCUGCUUCUACAGAAGUCAGGAAACCAGAGAGUCCCAUCCCAUCACUGUCUCUGGGACGAAGCAGCUCCUCAGAACCAAGCCACACAGGAGCUUCAAAAGCCAAAGGACCAAAGGACUCAAGGCCCCUGAGCGGCCGAAGUGGGUCUCAUCGUUUAGAUGAAGAUGUGGAGUACGACGACGACUUUAACAGUGAGCUGAGCAUUGGGGAAGAGAUCGAAGAGGUUUCCAUUGAGGGACCAGAACCCAGCGACAAGUUUGAUGAAAUGACGCAGGACCUGAGUGUGUCUCAACUCAGCCACACAGCAGACUACAUGGAGGAAGUCCCAUAGACCAGGUCUAAACCUGGGUCAGAACCUGGACUGGACCAGGACUGGACUGUCUGAGUGUAAAUACAAUGUAUGUGGGUGUUUGUAUUAAUUUUUUUUAUUUAUAAUAAAAUGUCUGAGGGUUUC